AGAAGCAAAUAUAGUGAUCUUAUUCAGAGUGAUCGAUCACUAUAUAUCUCAGCCUUGAAUUGAACACGACGCCAAUCUGUUAUCUCGGUGCAUUUGCACAUUAUUUUCAAAACUCGUCCACUCUAAUGACUCUUUGAAACGCAUCAUUGUGUUCGGAUUCUUUCUGUAUAAAUAGUCGAGCUUUCUUGGCUUUUCAAUGCGUUUCUUGGGAACACACGAAAACAUGUUCACUCGCUACACUUUACUUUUUUUCGCGAUAGUGCUGCUCUCCGUGUUCCUGAUGGUCAGGACACAGGAAGUAACUUUGGCUGACCAGCCUGGAGCCAAUGAAGAUCAGCAGUCAUCAGUCGCCGCGGAAGAUGGCGAACUGAAAGCUCAAAAUCGCUUUUUCUUUUGGCCAAUUAUGUCAAGUCCGACCAGGUAUCCGGACAUCUACAUCAACAACGGAUUUAAUAACACCAUAAAUUAAUCGAUUUUCUAAUAAGUUAAAUAAAUGCUUAAAUAAAAUCGACUGUAUACAUAAUUACAUUUCUACGAAAAUAGUGCAAAGAUCUAUCUUGUUAUAAAAUGGUGAUAAAAUAAACAUCUUUUGUUUAUCUAAAUUUUUUUUAUCACACGUCUUUUUUGUGAUAUACAUUAUUUAUACAUAUAACCUUUUAAAUUACUUUGCUGCUCAAUCAAAUAUUUUCAUUGACAUCAAAAUUAUGCCACAUGUUUGAAUUUUAACUAUACCUCAUAUUGCAAUAGGUAUUGUUUCGAUUCGAGCCUAUAGCUUCAAUUCCAAUAUCUAUGUUUAUAUAUUUCAAACGAAUUUCGAAAUAGCCGUUUACUAAGUAUUGUUCUUUGCUUAUACCCUUGAGAUGAAAAACCUUCGGUCGCACUUGUGCAAAUGUAUAUACCAACAUACUCGCGAUAUGGUGCAUUCGAUGGGAAAAUCAUUCGAAUUGUCAAGUUCGUUUUAAAUCAUCUCAAGAUGUUCUCUCGCUAUUUCCUCGCUUUCUGCGUCGUCGCGCUUUUGGCUGUCGCUGUUACCGCCAAAGCUAUCGAGGAAACCACAACCGAACAAGCCGAGCAAGUGACGGAACAGCCGGAGUCCACCACGACCGUGAAACCCAGCAAGAGAUUUUGGGAUUACGUACUUGGUGUAUGGAAAUAUAGUCCAAUUGGUUUUGCCACUCACAAACUGAUCGAGUUAAAUAAUAAGAAACAGCAAGAAUAAAUAUCGCGUCACAAAUGAAGCUUGCAUAUCAUUUUAAAUAAUUUAUUUAAGCUAGUUUUUGCGAAAUACGAUUAUUAUUCUUCAGUGCGACUUCCAUAAAGUACGAAUUUAUAAAUAAUCUAUAGUUUAAUAAAUGUACUCACUACAAUCUUAAAUUAAA